AUGGGGGCGCUCUCUCUUCUCUCUUGUGCAGUGGCCUGUGUCGUUGCUACUGCUUCCGCAUCUGAAGUUCAUGAGCUCACGCGUCGCGAGUCCUUCACGUCCUCGAAUGGCAUGAAGAUGGUGCCUAUGCCAGCUUCAGGCUCUCCAUCCGAUGGCUCAAUUACGGGCCUGAUGAACGAUCAGGACAUUGAAUAUCUCGUGAACAUUACUCUCGGAGGCUCCGUGUUCACGCUGCAGAUUGACACGGGCUCGUCUGAUGUCGUCGUUUUCCCGGAUAAGCCUAUCAAGACCACAUCGGUACUCAAGGAUCUCCAGGUCAACGAGACCUACGGGAUAGGGACCUACUCGGGACCUGUCGCAUUCGCCAAACUUGAAUUUGCUGGAUACGCCGUGGAGUCCCAAGUCUUCCUGAACACUACCACACUCGACGACCCGUCUCUUAUGUCCAACGGAGUCCUUGGAUUCGACAUUGGUAUACCCCCGGGAAACACCAGCCCGCUAGGUCUUACUCUCGCUGAGAAUUACGGGCCCGUGAAAGGAAUUGAAAUGGGCCGCAACGUGAUCGGGAACAUAUUCGCUCAGAAUCCGGAUCUGGGCAACUUCACUGUCAUGAUAUUCGGUCGUACUGAUGAUGGCGAGGGUGCUGGAGAGGGGUAUUUGGGGAUAGGCGAGUAUCCCGAAGAGCUCAAAGACUCCUUUUCCAAGGUCAACUACGUGGACACAGUCCGGUCCAAGCCCUCGUCUUUCGUUGUAUACGUGGAUGGCAUCUCACUCAAUGGGAAGAGUCUUCCCUUGAACUCUACUGUGCGCCGUACCCCGCACGGCAAAGCCGUCGCGAACCUGGAUACCGGGACAAGCAGUGCACAGAUCCCACAGGAUAUGAGUGACGCGAUAUAUAGGAGCAUACCCGGCGCAUACUACUCCGACGAUCUUCAGCAUUAUGUUGUUCCGUGUGUCUCUUCGGGCGCCCCGAAUAUCUCGUUCAAGGUCGAGAACCAGAAUAUCUAUAUACAUCCUCUCGACCUCACCCAGAUCGUCGAUCUUAGACCGGCCGGCUUGAACUACACGAUCUGCAUCGAGACGUAUUCUGGUACUAGCUCGGUGGAAGACACUGGCGAGGACUUUCUUCUCGGAGACGUCUUUCUGCGCAAUGUGUACACGUCCUUCUACUAUGGCUCGUACAACACAACAGGUUCCAUGAUCAAAUCCCCGGCGGUCAAGAUGAUACCAGUGAACCACGACGUCGACGCGACGUACUCCGAUUUCUUGACCCGUCGUCGCCAGAAACUGGCAUCGUUGCCACCGGAAGCCACGAGAGCGCAAUUUGAGCAGUUUGUGGGAGUCUCAUCAGGCAAUUCCAGUGCCGGUGACGACGCAUCCGCCGACGUCGAGACCAUUGCUUCGGGCGUCAGCAGCAACUCCGACUCCACGGACGGGAGUCCGUACAAAGCGCUCCUCAACAAGCUCAACUCGUUCGCACCUAUUGUCUUUGGACUCCUUGGCGCCAUUGUUGUUGCCCUUCUUGGUCUACUGGGGGUAGGCCUCGCACUGUGUAUCCGGCGCGGUCGCACCGUGGGUGCGGCGCGCUCUGCGAACACGUUCUACUCGCCGGUUCCAGCUCCAGAGCGCUUCAAGGAACCUGUGCCCGAGUACAGAGAUGAGGAGAACGCUCGCUACGAUCACUGA